CGCUGUCAGAGUCCUCCUGAUGCACAUAUAGGCGUUUUAGAGCGGACGAUCUUGACGCGCCCUCCAUCGCCAAAUCCCAAAGACGGGAUUGAGAAAAAAAUCACCGCCGUCACGCGGCUUGCUGGAUGUGUUGCCUCUGGAAGUUCGGCAGGCCAUCUGGAAAGACGUUCUUGGGGGCCACACUUUUCAUCUCUCGAUCUUGGUUAAGUAUAAAACCAUAGGUCCGGAGGGCCGCCGCUUCGAAGGAGCGUGUUGUGUAUCCUCAGAUCCGUUAACAUGCAGUGAAGGGAGUGAGCCGAGGAGAUUGCUAUCAAUGUUGCUGUCUAGCAAACAAAUCUAUUCAGAAGCCAUCGAUUAUCUCUAUUCUGCCAACACAUUUGUGACCUUGUAUGUUGGCGUUAUGCUAUAUCUUCCAUUGUUCAUUCUCCCACAAAGCGUCAACACCAUUCGGACGCUUACCUUUUACUGGCGGAAUCUUCCACCCCAUAUUUUAUCGAAUGAUUCCGG